GGAGGCCACCCCUCCUCGCCGUGGCUCUCGCCGACGUGCCGGCGCGGCACGGCGAGGAGCUGGACGCGCUGGCGCGCGAGUUGGGCGCGCUGGAGGCGCAGAGCGCGGCUGUGGGGCCGCGGCUGCGGCAGGAGCAGCAGGAGGUGGCGCGCCUCCGGCGCGACCUCGCCCGCAGCGAUCAGGAGGCGCGGGCCGCCGGCGCGGCGCAGGAGCAGCACGCGCGCGGGCGCGAGCGGCACGAGGCGUGGCUGAGGGGCGAGGAGGAGUACGCCGAGCGGUUGGAGGCGGAGGCCGCGGUGCUGCUGCUGCAAAGCCCCGCCGCGCUGCGGCAGGUGCGGCUGGAGGCGGAGCUGGAGCAGCUGCAGGCCGAGUGCCAGAGGCUGGAGUGGGACGUCCAGGCGCUCACCGAGACCCAGGGCGCGGAGGAGAGGCGCGUGUGGUCCCUCGCGGACGCCGCGGGUCGGCGCGGCGUGGAGCUCGGCUUCGCCGAGGACGAGGGCGGCCGGGUGCUCUGCGGGCUAGCGGGCGCCUGCGAUGUGAUCGCAGAGAGCUGCGACAGGCUCGCGGAGGAGCGGGCCGAGGCCGCGGGCGCGGCGGAGGCGGAGCGCGCCGUGGCGUCGGAGAUCGAGAGCCUCGAAGGGGGCAGAGCUGCGAGCGCCGCGCGCGCGGAGCAGAUCGGGCGGUCGGGCGGUGAGAGAUGUAUGCAAACACAUCGAUCCUGGCCAGACCCAUCCUGGGGCCCUGGCCGACACAGAGAAGGGCUUAUUUUUCUUUCUCGCACACACAUACACACGCACACACACGCUUUUUUGAUCUGCGAGUCGAGAGCGAGCCUCUUCCGAUAAAAGCUAGGCGGC